AUGGGAGAGGUCUUAAAACAAGAUAUAUUCAAAGCGCAAAGAGACUGGAGGAAUCUGAUCAUCAGAUUGAUUGACAGCAGUUUCAUCGGUCUGGUUGUGCUUGAUACAGAAACUGUACAUAACGAAGAGGAGCCAAAAGAAACACAUAAUAGCAACGACGAGGGCGAAGACAGGAGAAAUGAGCGAGACGAGAAUGUUAACCGCGGCUACGCCAAAGAAAUGACUGGCCUUCCUAACAAAGUGGGCACUGAGAGACUGGUUUCGUCUGAGCAUUGCUUCUUGUACGAGAAGGACGAAAUAGAUGAGGCAGAAGGACAAGAAGCAAAGGACUGUGGGAUCACGAAUCUCAGCCUUUGUUGGGGUGCUUUGGAGUAA